AUGAUUUACUCCUCGGGAAGAGAAUCCUACUUCAACCUGAACUCCACCUGGUACGACCCCUCGGGAUCGUGGCUGGACACGCGGCGCACUCCGUUCCGCUACGGCUACGCCAACUGCUGCUCCUCGGGCUGCCACGGCGAGGGCGUCGAGGGCAUGAGGGGCCACGACUACCGCCACUACGGCUACCGCCAGCCCCGCUGCUCCGAGCGCUGCCAGGGCUACUCCAGCUCCUCGGGCUCCUGCCACGGAGGGGGCUCGGGCUGUGUCAGGAGGCCCACGUACAGCUAUGGGGGUUCAGGGGGGUGCCAGGGCUACGGGAGGUCCGUGUGCUCCGAGAGGUGCCAGGGAUCCUCGGGUUCGUGCCACGGAGGGGGCUCGGGCUGUGUCAGGAGGCCCACGUACAGCUCCGGGGGUUCAGGGGGCUGCCAGGGCUACGGGAGGUCCGUGUGCUCCGAGAGGUGCCACGGGGCAGGGGCGCAGGGUGGGAAACCGAGCUGUGGGAAACCCGUGCAGAGCAUCCCGGUGCAGAGCUGUCCCUGUCCCUGUCCCCCUCCGGUGCAGAGCAUCCCGGUGCAGAGCUGUCCCCCUCCGACCUGCGUACCCGUCUCCAAGGGCAUCCCCAGCCAGCAGCACAAGCAAAUCUGCAAAGUGCCAGCCCGGAAGAUCAAAUAA